GAAUCUCUGUACAAAUUAUGGCAGAAGAUUCAAAAAACCGUACCAAAUAAGAGAUCUGAUGCUCAGAAAAAAAUUGUUGAAGACUUUUCUGCAGAAUUGGAUAAUUUGUUUGACAUUGCUCAUAGAGAUGCCUUACAAAACAUGCGUAUUAGCGAAGACAAGGAAUUUUUGAUUCUACAAAGGCAAAAAGGUCGCCCUGGUAGCAUGGCCGGUGUUGACAUGGUAUUGUAUCGGCGACAAAACAGAGCAGAUCACCGCAUUGAGAAAGAAAUGUCUAGAAAAAGGAAACAUCAACAAAUGUCGGAAGUGAAUCGUAAGUUUAUCAAAUGAAAUUAAUUUUUGUAAUUUAUAGUGGUAAUGGUCAAUUUUAAAAUGAUAUUGUGUAGUCGAACUCGAAGACGAUUUUGGUAUGGACUAUGAAGAAGAUAUUGGUGACAGUGAGCCUGAAGUAGCGGAAACCAAUGUGAAAAAAAAAAUACAAAACAAACUGCUUCAACUUGUAUUAACAGGGGAAGAAAACAUUUUAUCACACCGCGAUUGCUUUCAGCACUUGAUAGCGCCAAAGUAAGCGAUGGAAAGGCGAUGCACAUUCUGAUGGCGACUGCAGAAGCAUUGGGCCAUUGCACUAGCGACUUGGUAGUCAAUCGUUCUACUCUCCAUAGACUGAGGGAAGAGCAUCGCAGAAAAGAAACACAGAGGAUUCAAGAGAGUUUUAUUGACAAACUAAGUGAUACACAAGCAAUGGUCGUCCACUGGGAUGGUAAAGUAUUGCCAGAUCUAAUUGGAAAAAUAAAAGUUGAGCGAAUUGCAGUGCUUGUUAGUUAUAAUGGCGAAUCCAAAUUUCUAGGCGCUCCAAAACUUAUAUCUGCCACUGGUGAAAAUAUAGCUACAGCCGUUUUUGAUACACUUAGUAAAUGGAAUAUUUUAGAUCGCGUAGAAGGCAUGUCUUUUGACACCACGUCCACUAAUACUGGUCCAACGAAUGGAGCAUGCGCUCAAUUGCAACGCAUGUUAGGAAGAAAUUUGUUGACGUUACCAUGCCGUCACCACAUUCUAGAAAUAUACUUACGUAGUGUAUUUGACCUGCAUUUCAAAGUGACUCAAGCACCCGAAGUCUCAAUUUUCGAGAGAUUUGCCAAAGCCUGGCCAAAUAUUGACACUUCAUCAUUUAAGAGUGGGCUCGACUGUGAAGAUAUAAAAUCUCAUAUAAGUGAUGGCAUCUGCAAUGACAUCAAACAAUUUUGUCAUUCACAAUUACAAAAAACUUUUGUUCGUGCUGACUACGAAGAAUUUUUACGUCUAGUACUUACAUGCACGUUGGAUGUCAAAGGGGAUAUAUUCCUUGAAAAUAUUUCUUUUUCGUGAUCAAUUUCACUUGAGUAAAGCUGAAUUAAAAGGUUUAAGUCACAUUUGCGUUUUUUUAGUACGUUUAUAUAUAAAAGCUUGGUACAAAUGCUCUAAUGCAAUUACCUCUCCCCUGCAUGAUUUAAACUUUGUAAAAGAAUGUAUUAAUUAUGAAAAAGUGAA